GCUGUUGACAGCUUUGCAAAAUGAUGACAAGCGACGUGUGGUGCAGCUCUCCUUGACGGGAUGCUGCAAAUUUGAUUACUUUCAGCUCCGCGGUUUUCUGCAACACUUGCCACCUCAACUCCAAGUCCUCCGCUUGGACCUGGGCUUCACGGCUGUGCAACUGGUCGAGUUGGACGCACGGUUGCCGGAACUGCAGGAGCUCUCGCUGCGCAUGGUCAAGAUGCCUCUGCGCCAGGUGACUCUUCAGCGGAGUAUGUUGCCCAAGCUGAGACUCUCGGUGACAAAUUCACGAUCCUUGCACCUUUGGUUGUCCACUCUGCCAGAGCUUGAGGAGCUGCCGUUGGAUAUCGACAUCCUUCGACUCCAAGAGCUCGUUUUGCACGUGCACAACUGCCCCAAGUUGCCGAAAAAUACCAAGCAAGCCCUUUACGACACUGUGCACCCCUGGCCCUGGCACAACGCGGACAAGUGGAUUAGUAUCGAUGAGGCGGAGCCUUCCUGGUUUCAGCUAUUCCAACGGGGAGAUGCAGUGUAUGCAGCUUCUCCAGCUGUCGUCAAAUCCACCGAAGCUGCGACAGCGACAUUUCAAGAUGUGAGCGCGAGCUCAGACAUGCCAUUUCCCUGCAGCCAUGCGAAGUGCACCGAGUUUCAUGACAACACUCAUGGUUACUGCCAGAAACAUCGAUGGAGUCCUAUUUGGAUGAAGGCAUCUUGUAGGGUCAUCAAGACUUGCCAGUGGCUGGAGUUGAUAUUCCUUCUCACAAUCCAAGCUGCUGCUGAAAUUCAGAGCAGACUUUUGCUUGUGCUGAUGAUAUUUUCCUUGCUUCCAGCUACUUGCAUUUUCCUGGAGCACAGCACUGGCAUGUCAGUCGCAUCCGCUUGCGUCACCUGCUUGGUUGUUGCUCUUGGCAGCUGUUUCUAUAGCGCCAAACGCUUGGAUGCUAUGCAGCAAAGCGUUUUCAGGUUGGCAAUUGCAACGGAAGCGCAUUAUUUUCAGGUUCUAGAAGCCCGUGCAAACACGGGGCAACACCUGGUUCAGGUGUCCACCAUGCUGGCAAACCAUUCAGGUGCCUCAUCUAAGGUGCUACAGACGGAAAAAGACUUGAAGACCAAUUACUUUCAAGCCAAACGUCACAGAAGCCUCUUUCAGACCUCUGUGAGCGACCCGCUUGCCAGAAUUGGGCUGGAAGUUGCUGCGAAGAUCAAACCCCUAACAGAGUUGGAUGAAAAGGAAGGAGCAGUAGAUGUUCUUCAUUGUGAAGUCGUGUGUGAGAGCCUUCAGCAGGUGCAGCUUGCAUGGGAAGGGUUGAAGAGAUUGGAUGUGGAGAUUGUAUCCACCCAGGAUUUUUUUGCGGUCACCUCUUCCACAAAGUGCUUGAAAAUUGUGGUGUCUCUGCAGGGCUACUUGGCAACAGUCUGUUUGCUCGAGAAAUCACUGAGCUCUUUGGAGGCCCAGAGAGGAAUUUCUGAAGUAGCAAACUCCCUAGGUCUCUUGGACAAAACCGCUGCAGCAACUUGGGAGGUGUGGUACAGGCAUUAUUUUGGUGUACAAGGGUGCCACUAUGCCUUUAAGGUGGCAGCCUUACAGUUCUUGACAGUUCUGAUGCAAGGGAUUGCAAAGGCCAGCUUAUUUCGCACCAUCCAGGAUACCUAUGGCCCGGAAGUCUUGCAGGGCAACACCGCUGUCCAGUGCUUCAUGGUGCUUCUUUUGUGCAACAUCAUGUUUGCAGCUAUGAUACUUGCAAGCCCGAAUUCCAUUGUGUCCCGAGUCGUCGCAGCGUUACUCGAUGCAGUUUUAGAUGUCGGAUACUUGGUGACAUCGAUAUGGAUGUAUGUGGGCUUUGCUUCAGAAUAUUUGGAAGACAUCUUCUUGCACAGUGCGGGCUGCACCCAUUUCGAGAGCCUGGAAGAGGAUGCUCUUCGCAAUGUUCUACGCUUCUGCUUUGAUGGCUUUUGUUGGCAUUCUGCUUGGAGGUGCAUCAUUCCAACGGGCUAUGUUGCCUUGGCGGCCGCUGACGUGUUGGAGUUCAACUUGACCCAUCGGAACAUCACUCAAGUCCUUCCAGAUGCAUUUCUUGCACGCGGCGUACACAAAAGUGUCCGCUAUGUGUCAUUACGUGGAAAUCAUUUGACAGAGUUGCCAGACAGACUCUUUCGUGACCUUCUCCAAGUUGAACAUGCGGAACAUGAAUGGGACAUGGAGACUGUGGACCUCAGCCACAACAGGCUGACAGUCCUUCCCCCGAGGAUCUUUCAAGCGGGUUCAGUCCGAGAGCUACCGUGGAUACAUGAAUUGCACCUGGAAAGCAACCGCUUGACCACACUUCCAGCUGGAGUCUUUGCAGGUCUCACCGUCAAGCAGCUUUACCUGCAAAGCAACAAUUUGACCCAGCUGCAUCCUGACAGCUUCAGAGGUCUCAAGUUAUUGGAUUAUGGCAUUCUGGAUGUGUCCCGAAACAAGUUGCAGACAUUGCCCUCAAGAGUCUUUGAAGGUCUCGAAGUCGAGCAGGUGUACCUUCAAGACAAUGACCUUACCACGCUUCCAGGUGGAGUCUUUGCAGAUCUCACCGUCAAGCAGCUUUACCUGCAAAGCAACAAUUUGACCCAGCUGCAUCCUGACAGCUUCAGAGGUCUCAAGUUAUUGGAUUAUGGCAUUCUGGAUGUGUCCCGAAACAAGUUGCAGACAUUGCCCUCAAGAGUCUUUGAAGGUCUCGAAGUCGAGCAGGUGUACCUUCAAGACAAUGACCUUACCACGCUUCCAGGUGGAGUCUUUGCAGAUCUCACCGUCAAGCAGCUUUACCUGCAAAGCAACAAUUUGACCCAGCUGCAUCCUGACAGCUUCAGAGGUCUCAAGUUAUUGGAUUAUGGCAUUCUGGAUGUGUCCCGAAACAAGUUGCAGACAUUGCCUCCAUAUGUCUUUGCAGGUCUCUAUGUGAAGCAGCUUCACCUGCAAAGCAACAAUUUGACUCAGCUGCAUGAGACGAGUUUCAGAGGUCUCAAAUUUCCCUACAGCAACAUCAACAGCAUCCUUGACAUCUCGCAAAACAAGUUGCAGACAGUGUCCCCAUAUGUCUUUAUUGGUCUCGAAGUGGCGCAGCUGUACCUGCAAAACAACAAGUUGCAGGCGCUGCCUGGGGUCUUCACCUGGGGUCUUGCCUCCUACGACUUAAAGAAUUUGCGUGUCCUGAAUCUGGCGCACAACGAGUUGUCCGAGGUUCCGCAGUUCGAUCGCUUCGACAACCUUCGCUGCCUGAAGCUGGAAGGCAACCGCCUCCAGAGACUCCAUCAGAAGACCUUCCGUGGCUGGCAUUAUGAUGAUUCUUCUACUUAUUUAGACAGGGGCAUGCCUCUGGAAGACCUGAACCUGGAGCAGAAUCAGUUGACGGAGCUUCACCCAGAUUGUUUUGUGUACUAUUCGCAGCUCAGGGAGAACUUGUUGGAGCUGAAGCUCGGUGGCAAUCGGCUCACUGCACUGCCCGACGGCCUCUUCAAUGGCAGGCAGGGCCUCAGCAAGCUCCGCACCCUGCAGCUUCAGAGCAAUCGACUGGUGCGGCUUCCGCAGAAGAUCUUUCAGAAUUUGCCCCGCUUGCAGUCGCUGAAUUUGAGCCAGAACAAGUUGGACGAACUGCCUCCGGGUCUUUUCGAUGGACUCAACUUGACAAUCAUCGACUUAAGUCACAACAAUCUCACAGUGGUGGAUGCCAAACUGUUCCACUUGGAGAACCUCACCACCUUGGAUUUGCGUGGGAACCGGUUGACGGACACCACGCGACAGGACUUGGCACGCCUCAAGGUGGAGCUUCAUGUGGAUUGA